AUGAAGAAGAAAGAGAAAAAGAAAAAAAUACAGCCUUCACCCACACCGCCACCCCCUCCACCAAAGAAAAAGAAGCUCCCUGACCAAGAACAGAAAGCCAUACAGAUCCAGGCCUGGUGGCGGGGCACCCUGGUGCGCAGGACAUUGCUGCAUGCGACACUCAGAGCAUGGAUCAUUCAGGAGUGGUGGAAGAUGACACUGGCAAAGCUGCUGGAAAAGAGGAAACGAGCAGCCCUAGAGUCCUACGCUCAGCAAGAACGGGCAGUGGUCAAGCUACAGUCCUUGGUCCGCAUAUGGCACAUACGCCAGCGAUACUGCCGUUUGCUCCAUGCUGCCCACAUCAUUCAGCUGUAUUGGCGCUGGCAUAAUUGCCAUAGCCGUGGCUUUUUCCAGGGCAGCUAUGACCUCACAGCAUCCCAUCUGGGACUAGAACUCGAGAUUUUUCUGGGGUCACAGAUUUGUCAGAUUACAGACUGCAUCCCCUUCCCAAUAAAGAGCUAAUCAGGUCUGCUCC